GACGUCACGUCCUCUGAGCGCUCUCUUUUUCACCGUGUGCGCUGACUUCCAAACGGCGUUGUUUCGUGCUCUCCCACUUAAAUCGUAACGCAGGGAAAGUGGUCACGAUGUCCGGAGGUCUGGAUGUCCUUCAGAUGAAGGAGGAGGAUGUGCUGAAGUUCCUGGCUGCAGGAACCCACCUGGGAGGCACCAACCUGGACUUCCAGAUGGACCAGUACGUCUACAAGAGAAAAAGUGACGGUGUUUACAUCAUAAACCUGAAGAAGACCUGGGAGAAGCUGCUCCUGGCAGCCAGGGCUAUUGUUGCAAUCGAGAACCCAGCUGACGUGUGCGUCAUCUCCUCCAGAAACACCGGACAGAGGGCUGUGCUGAAGUUUGCCUCUGCCACCGGUUCUACCACCUUCCAUGGCCGCUUCACCCCCGGUACCUUCACCAAUCAGAUCCAGGCUGCUUUCAGAGAGCCCCGCCUCCUGAUUGUGACUGAUCCCCGCGCUGACCAUCAGCCUCUGACAGAGGCUUCGUACGUCAACAUCCCCACCAUCGCCCUGUGCAACACCGACUCCCCACUGAGAUACGUGGACAUUGCCAUUCCUUGCAACAACAAGGGUCACCACUCUGUGGGUCUCAUGUGGUGGAUGUUGGCAAGAGAGGUUCUCAGGAUGAGGGGAACCAUCUCCAGGGAGCACCCAUGGGAGGUCAUGCCUGACUUGUACUUCUACAGGGACCCUGAAGAGAUUGAGAAGGAGGAGCAAGCUGCAGCCGAGAAGGCCGUAGUAAAGGAGGAAUUCCAGGGCGAAUGGAGCGCGCCUCCUGCUGAGUUUGCCCAGCCUGAGGUGGCUGACUGGGCUGAGGGCGUUGCUGUGCCCUCUGUUCCCAUCCAGCAGUUCCCUGCAGCUACUGCUGCUACAGCUGCUGCCGCCGUCGCUGCACCACCGGUCAAGACUGGUGAAGUCUUUUCUGCUGAAGACUGGAGUACUCAGCCUGCCACAGAUGACUGGUCCACUGCUCCCACUGCUCAGGCCUCUGACUGGGGUGGUGCUACUUCUGACUGGGCUUAAACCUUUGACCAUGGCAACAAUAAAUGUGUUUUACACUUUGA